CCAAGUUGAGAACCGCUGAUCUAGACUCUCCACCGAUAUACAGCUCCGUCAGCAAUUCUGCAGCACAAUCAGGGUUUGGGAUGAUGACACAGAAUACUGACAAUCCCUUUGUUUAUACACACACACACAUACAGAGAGCCCUCUUUGCAGCCACAAUUUAAGUCCCUAAAAUCCAAGCUGGCAUAAAUUCCCACUCAAUUUAAUGGGAUGGUUGGCACAUAUUGCGACCGUAAGCAACUCUUGGCUUUAAUCUAGAUUUUGGGGCAAAGACCUGGCUUUAAGGCAGCUUAACGGCAUCUUAGCGCUGCAAUCUGCUUUGGAUUCUCCCAAUAAAAGUUGGCACAAUGAAGCCCUAACAUUUCCCAGUAUGUGGGUUUCAAACGAGUGGAUCAACGGGACCCCCGGCCCUUUUGACGGGCCGCAGUGGCCGUUCCUGGCCCCGAGGGGAACCUACACCUCGGUGGCCGUCCUCAUGGGCCUCGUGAUGGUCUCAGCAGCGGUGGUCAACGGCUUGGUCAUUUUAGUCUCCGUCCAGUACAAGAGGCUCCGUUCUCCCCUGAACUACAUCCUGGUGAACCUGGCCGUCGCCGACCUCCUCGUCACCUUCUUUGGCAGCACCAUCAGCUUUGCCAACAAUAUCUAUGGCUUUUUCGUGUUUGGCCCAACGGCGUGCGAGUUUGAAGGAUUCAUGGUCUCCCUGACAGGGAUUGUGGGCCUUUGGUCUUUGGCGAUCCUAGCGUUUGAGAGAUACCUUGUGAUCUGCAAACCGGUGGGAGAUUUCCGUUUCCAGCAACGCCACGCCGUGAUUGGCUGCGCUUUCACAUGGCUGUGGUCACUGCUAUGGACACUUCCUCCCCUCUUUGGUUGGAGCAGCUACAUCCCAGAAGGCUUGAGGACGUCCUGCGGGCCCAACUGGUACACUGGCGGCAGUGACAACAACAGCUACAUCAUGACUUUGUUUGUGACCUGCUUCGUUACACCGCUAGCCAUGAUCGUCUUCUCCUAUGCCAACCUGCUCUUGACCCUGCGAGCCGUGGCCGCUCAGCAAAAAGAGCUGGAGACAACGCAGCGGGCAGAGAGAGAAGUCACGCGGAUGGUGAUCACCAUGGUCAUGGCGUUCCUGGUUUGCUGGCUACCUUACGCCAGCUUUGCGAUGGUGGUGGCCACCAACAAGGACCUGUUCAUCCAGCCGGCCCUGGCUUCUCUACCGUCGUACUUCUCCAAGACGGCCACUGUGUACAACCCCAUCAUUUAUGUCUUCAUGAACAAACAGUUUCGCAGCUGCCUCCUGUCCACCAUGAGCUGCGGCCGCCGACCGGUAGCUGCGCAAGGGACGACGCCAGCCAUGAUCAGCAGCCCCCGAGGCCUGACGUCAGCUUUGGAGGGGAGUAGGAAUAAAGUGGUGCCGUCUGCUUCAGAAGGAAGUGGAAACGAUGUAGGGACUUCGUAACAACAUGGAUAACUGAAACUCUGACCGUCUGGGGGAAAAAAAAUCCUGGUUUGCAUUAUCAUUUGUGGGGUUAUCCUGUUCCAGAAUGUAGAGAUUUGUAUGUCCCAAUUGGACAGGGACAGUCCUAGUUAAUUCUCUGUCCAUUUUUCCAGCUGUUUUCAAAAUGCCUUGCUUUCUUAUUCUUCUCCAUGCACUUUAUUCAUUUGUGCUUAGCUUCCUUCCAUUGAGUUCAAACUUCAUAAUAGGUUGCAUCCAAUUUGCUCAGCAGGAGUGAAGAUGGGAUUUUAAAUGUAAUUCCUGGCUUGUUUCUUCUUCUAGAUCAGUGGUUCUCAACCUUCCUAAAGCCAUGACCCCUUAAUACAGUUCCUCAUGUCGUGGUGACCCCCAACCAUAAAAUUAUUUUAGCUGUUACUGUUGAGAUUAACUUCACAAUUCAGCAGCAGAUUAGUUGCACAACUUCAGCACUUUCCAGUAGCUUCUUCCUGCACAGUAUUUUCAGUCAACUGCUCCCACAACCUGCAGUCACUCUGGAACCUUUUACAGACACUUGAGCACAUGCCCGGCCAUUGUCAGUUUUACCAUUGUCUUUCCCCCAGUCUAGAUGAUAUUACAGACUUACCACAGCACACAGUUAUAUCUUGUCUUAGCAGACAGGUUCUUUUAAUUACAUAUAGCCUUCGACAGAACAACAUCACAGCACAAGGAGAGAUAUACACUGUACAUGACUUCCUUAUAUACAAUUCAUUUACACAUAGCAAUCACCGAUUGGUUCCCAACUCAUUGACUCAACUCAAACUCAGGAUUGCAUCAUUCAUAAUCACCUGGACUAGGCCAGAACACAUUCCCCAAAUGAAGCUCUAUAUACAGUUAAUGCAUGACUCAGCAUUCCCAAUAGAAGCCCAUUAGCAGUGCAUGACUCAGCUAUAUUACAUUACAAUACAUUGUAAAACCUGACAGUUACUUCAUAACUGGAAUUUUGCUACAGUAAUGAGCCAUAAUGUAAAUAUCCAAUAUGCAAAGUGUAUUUUCAUAGAACCAUAGAAUCAAAGAGUUGGAAGAGACCUCAUGGGCCAUCCAGUCCAACCCCCUGUCAAGAAGCAGGAAUAUUGCAUUCAAAUCACCCCUGACAGAUGGCCAUCCAGCCUCUGUUUAAAAGCUUCCAAAGAAGGAGCCUCCACCACACUCCGGGGCAGAGAGUUCCACUGCUGAACGGCUCUCACAGUCAGGAAGUUUUUCCUCAUGUUCAGAUGGAAUCUCCUCUCUUGUAGUUUGAAGCCAUUGUUCCGCGUCCUAGUCUCCAAGGAAGCAGAAAACAAGCUUGCUCCCUCCUCCCUGUGGCUUCCUCUCACAUAUUUAUACAUGGCUAUCAUAUCUC